AUGGCUCCCGAUCUUCCCGGUACGCAUCUGCACCAGAGCACCGCGCUCCACAGAGGUGAGGUCGUCGUAGAUAGUGAUCAAACGCCUGGAGACCUCGGGGAGGAAGCGCUGGAGGUGCCCGCACCAGACUGCCGCCAAGCUUCAUCCAUUGCUCUUUGGUAUGCUGCUGAUCCCAGAGGCCGGCGUACCAGGGGCCCGCUCUGCCCGUCAUUGACGCCGUGGAACCAACCUGCCGCUUUCUCGCCUGAGGAGCCGGAGGAUCAGCACCACUCCGCCACCGGCACGGUGUGCUAA